UAACAUUAAUAUUCAAAUGUUCAACUUAGGAUUCCAAAGAUUGAGUUAGGCGAAAAGAAAAAUGGGAAAAUAGGCGCAUUUCGCAAAACAAAGAAAAAAAUGACACAAUUUGACCUCCAACCCUGUACCUUGUAACGGUCGACCCGGCGGGUGCGUGCGGCCCUUUUUUUCACCGGGUCAGGAUUAAACUGGGGUCGACCCGCAGGUUGACAACCUUGCUAUCUCCCAAUUUAGCCCUUUGAAAUUUGAAUAUAAUCUAUUUUGUAAUUAAUAUUUUUCAGAAUACUUGAGUCAAUCAUAGUCUCGUACUAGAUUUCCAAAUCUUUAUUUAUUUAGGAAUUCAAAGUUGAAGAACAUAUUGUAUGCCCAUAAAAAUUUAAGUGAAAUCUCAAUCUACGACGAAAUAGGUCCAGUCCAACGACCUAACCGGCUGGAAUCCAACUUGUGUAGCUUUAUAAGAUAUCAACUAACAUUAACUCGAUCACAUAAAGUGAAAAUAAGAUUUUACUGAAUCCCUUUUCUCUCAUAUUCUUCCAAAUCUCAUGAGCGAGAAUCAGUAAUCUAUAAUCCUCAAGAAAAUUGACAGGGUGAAAAGUAAAAUCAUAAUGAAAUGUAUUUGAUGUUCAGUCGCAAAUUAACUACCCAUAUGAAUAAAUUAGAAAUUGUUUUUGCUCCGCUAGCUCAAAGUAACAGAAGCAAUAUGAAACCUAGAUAGGGUUCCAACUUGCUAGGGCCACAAGUGAGGCUUUGUAAAAGGCAAAGUCGUGCACUAAUGCUUACUUGAUGUUUGGUUCCAAUAGUGAAAACCAUGGGGACUGCAUAACGUGGUGGGCUAAACUAAAACAAUCAUCUUGUUUGUCUCACAAGAAGCUGAACACCACAUUAGUGGGUCAUGGGUGGUUAAUAAUAUGCUAAUUUAGAUGGAGGUUCAAGGGGAAGUGGGAUAAUACCAAAGUAAUUACUAAUUAGUGGUAAGUUAGGAUUUAGGAAGGUACGUAAAUUCAUUCUGCAACUCACUCUAUCAAUACUGGGAGCCGGUAUGGAUUUAUGUGCGGACUAGAUAUCUUCUGAAACUCUAAAUCGAACGCUUUUAUGUAAAAAUAGUACGAAGCAGCUUUUAAAGGUUAGCUAAGUCCAUGGUUUGGAUCUCAUGCAUUCAAUUGCUAGAAAAAAUGGAAGGGGAUAGGAGACCAGCAGUUUUGGUUCAUGAAUUCCUUUUAAAUCUUGAACAGAACAAGAAGCAACCAAACCAAUUUAAUCAUGGAAACCAUGACCAGACUAAUUUCCCCCCUCUUCACUCUUUACUGCAGCAGUGAUAUCAUAUCACCAAAUAGAUGGGAGUAGAUACUAUGACAACACCUAUUGUGUUGUUAUAGUGACAACCCUAGGGGGUCGUUUGCUUUAAGGAUUUGGUACAUGGAUUUGGUACAAAAAAACCAACUAUCAAUGAUUUAGGUACAAUCCGUUGUUUGCUUGCACCUUUUUUGGAGACCAAAUCCGUGGGGCCCACGGAUUUUAAGGGUCCAAAUCCGUGGACCCCACGGACUUAUAAAUCCCACAUGUUGAUGUGGGAUUUGGAAUAUGGCAUAAAUCCUUGAUGACAUUUUACCCAUAUACCCUCAUGCAAUUUUAAUAUUCCAAGGUUGCCCUCAAAUUUAACUAUUAUACAUUAUAAUUAACAAUAAAUGAAUAAUAUAAACAUUCAAUUAAUGUGCAAACAUGAGUUAGAUAUUUUAUAUAAUUUCUUGUGUUCUAGUUUUCUUUGACCUUUUCAUGGAACGUGUAAUUCUUUGUUCUCCCGAUUCUAAUAUAUGUUGUUAUAUGUUACUUUUGAAAAGGAGGACAAAGAAUUGGUAAUUGAUUAUGUUACAUUAAAAGUUAAAACGGAAUUUUCUCGUUUAUUAUUAUUGUCCAUGUGGCAACAUUAUGCUUAUUAGUAUGUAUUGUCCUUGUUUUGUGUACAUAUCAUAAACAUGUCAAACAUAUAGAAAAGGGCAGUAAUGUAAUUUUUGACUUCAAGUAGUAAAUCUCACACCUUUAAAUCCAUGAUAAAAACAUCCCAACAAACAAAGGAUUGUUACAAAUCCAUGAUGCCUCAAAUCCUUGAUAAAUCCUUGGGUUUUUAAAUUACAAAACCCUCGUUUAUAAAUCCAUGAAGCAAACGACCCCUAGUUUUCCACUAAUAGGAAAUAGGAAGGUAGGGAUGUGAUGACUUUUUAUUAGUUGAGUUGACCUAGUGCAAAAUCAAAACAGGGGUAUAAUUGUCAUUAUGAAAAUUAUGUUUAAAUAACAAUAAAAAAAUUAAAUUAUUUAAAAAAUAUUUGUUAUUUUCUACUCAAUAUUUUCGUCGCCGGAAUAUGCUUUUCGCCGCUGGAAUAUGCUAUUUUGUCAUCAGAAUAUGCUUUUUGCCGCCGGAAUAUGCUAUUUUGUCAUCGGAAUAUGCUCACUGUGGUCGGAAUAUGCUCACUGUGGUCGGAAUAUGCUUACCGGUGUCGGAAUCUACUCAUCGGGGCCGGAAUAUGCCUAUCGGCGCCAGAAUCUACUCACUGACGGUCAUCGGAGUUUGGUCAACAAUUUUUGUUGACCAGUCAACGACAACUGGAUAUAAUGGUUUGCAUUGUGAGAUUGAUGGUUUGGUUUCUCGUGUUUUUUUAUGCUAUUUGUGGUUUGCUAUAUCGUAUUAUUAGUUUGCAUUAAGAAGUUUCUGGUGUGCUUUAAAAAAAUUGUGGUUUGCUUUGCGGGAUUUCUGGUUUGUUUUAAUAGAUAUUUGGUCUGCAUUAGGACGUUUCUGGUUUGUUUUUGUGGUUUGUUUUAUCUUGUUUGUGGUUUGCAUUAUGAGGUUUCUAGUGUGUUUUUUAAAAUUUUGUGGUUUGCUUUGUGAGGUUUCUGGUUUGUUUUAAUAGAUUUUUAAUUUGCAUUAGGACGUUUCUGGUUUGUUUUUGUGAUUUGCUUUAUCGUGUUUGAAAUUUGCAUUAUGAGGUUUCUGGUGUGUUUUUUAAAAUUCUGUGGUUUGGUUUGUGAGGUUUCUGGUUUGUUUUACGCGAUUUGUAGUCUACAUUACGAGGUUUCUAGUGUGCUUUAGAAACAUUUGUGGUGUGUUUUAUGAUGUUUUUGGUAUGUUUCAGGAGAUUUAUGAUUUACAUUACAAGGUUUUUGGUGUGUUUUAUACUAUGUUUUAUUGGGUUUAUCAAAAUCUCUCGGUCUCUCUUUCAGUGAUACAGAAGCAGUCUCGUAACUAAUCCAAUUCCUAUGAGUGGAAUCAUGCAAAUCAUCAGAUUGCACUUCAAUUCUAUCAGAAUCCACCGGCUAUGCCGCCGGAAACAAGCUCAAAACCAGCACAAAUCUCAACUAAUCAACCCAUGCCUCGCCACUCCUCAUCACCCAACGAUCUAUCCAUCUCCGUCAUUGACGCACUAGGUUAAUCGGAGCUUACUACUCCCUCGUCCUCAAGAAGUGCAGCCAUGACCCUUCCGUAAAGAGAUCUCGCCAGCCGCUGCGCCUCAACCAUUAGGUGUUCAUCGUCGAUGAAGAUAGAUCUAUUUUGUAUUGCUCACCCAAACUAUUCCACAUUGCCCCCUUCCCGCACGUCCUCCAUCCGGAUUCCCAAACCCCCAUAUGCUACGCGAUGUAGAAUACCUAAUCAAGUAAGCUCCAAUAUCAGCAAGUUCAUGAAUCUCCUGGAAGUUUUGAAAUCAUUGAAACCCUCACCUCCCAUAUGGGCUCUCUGGUGGUGGCUUUCACUUUGAAAAUCACUUCCUCAAUCAUCAGUGGAGAGCCAUCCUUCAUCAAUUCCCUCUUGAAAUGGAGCUACGAUGUGGCAAAUUUCAGUGAAGACCUCUAUGAUUCUUCAGAGGAACUUCAAGUAAGUAACUACUCAAACUUCCUAUUUACUAAUCAAGGCUACGAUGUGGCGGAUGGAGCGGUGCUCCACAUCUUCGCGCGGCUUCUCGACGAGAAGACGACUGCAAUUCACAACACCGGAAGCUUAUACUCAUGAAAUCAAGCGGCGAAUCUUUGAGAUCACCAGAAUCUCUGUUCAAUCCGGAGUGCAACGUCCACCUCCUACUUGACUGAAACAAGGAUGAUUACUGGCGGAAGGACAAAGAAAGGAUGGGGACGAAAACAAUCUGGAAUUGUUUGUGGCAGUGGAAACUGGGAGACGCAUACGGAUAAUUACUGUAAUUUUUAGUUUUAUUAUUUAUUGGGUUAAUGGACCCUUUUAUCCUUGUUGUUAUUAUAACAACACUUCUAGUGUUGUUAUUGUUGGGUCUAGUAUUAACCCACCUAAUACCGGCCCAAGCCCACCACAAAGCGUCUCACCUUGGGCCCAAGCCCAUUCUAGGGUCCAGUACACCGGGAGGCGUCCAUCACUGGGAGGCGUCCAGCCUAUCCGGGGGCGUCCACCACCGGGAGGCGUCCAUUCACCGGUAGACGUCCACCACCGGGAGGCGUCCAUUCACCGGAAGGCGUCCAUCAACGGGAGGCGUCCACAGGAUGCCUCCGACUCCUAUAUAAGGAGGCCAGACCCUCCAAGCAAAGGGACUUCUCUCCCUUCCCUCGCUUUCCCACUGAUGGUUCUCUCUCUCUAAACCCUAUCUCUCUCUACAUUUCUCUUUACACUCUAUCAUAUAUCCUUACUGACUUGACCGUCGGAGUGUAGAUCCCGGGGGCCGCCCCCGACUCUCCACAGGUUUCUUCCACUCUCGAGGAGAUCAGACGAGGGAGUCCGAAUCAAGGUUCCACACUAAUCCCCCAGUACUAAUCCGGGUCAAACAUUUUGGCGCCCACCGUGGGGCCUGAUUUGGUACUCUUCUCGUUUGGUAUCUGAAGGAGGAGAAGAAAUCAAUUUUUUCUCUACUAAUUACCACCGACGGCUCCGACCGCAAAAUCUCAUCAGAGGAUUGAAAGAAAUCAGCUCUUCCUCGAUCACCUCUCACGAGAACAAAAACAACCAAUAGAAAGUUCUUCCUCUGCCAAAUUCAAAGGAGCAUUCUCUUCAUCUCAGUCCAACAACAAGUUACAAAAUCUCAGAUCUGAAUGGAUAAAAGCAGCAAAGAAGAUAAACCCAGAUCUGGAUUGGAGAAGCAAACAGAUCCAUAUAUGGCCAUGUUCCUCCUCUCGAUCAAAAGGAAAAUGAGAGAUCCCAGAUCUGCUUCCUCUCUCAAAAAUAGUGUUCGACCACAACAAAGAAGAAGAAAGAAAAACAACAUCAGAAGCAAUCCAACUCCUCGUCUUCGCCAGCACAAGGUAGAAGGAGAACGAGUAUCACCAGAAUCAUUUUCUCUUCAAAUCUCGAUUCUCCAAUCCACCAAACCGCCGGUCAUAGUCCCGACGAAUUUCCCCAGAACUUUGUCUCUUCCAUUGCUGGAGCUGCGCCUCUUUUUCCUUAAAGAUAAAGUGAAUUUCGAUCG